AAGUCAACCAACUUGGUUGCACAAACGCAGGUAUUUGCUUUGACGGUUUUUCUUCCUCCAGACUACAGAAGAAUGCCGGGUUGAACUGGGAGGCGAAGUCUCUCAUUUCUACCUUUAUAUUCUUGACAACUCACUCAUCUGUUUCUGUGCGGACAUUCAAAAUGACUUUAUGAAACUCGGACCAUGAGUCUCAGUUAUUUUCGGUGGCCGGGGAGCCGCCAGCUCUCCCAAGAAUUAUGGGGGCGGCCAAUAGCGAAGCCUUGGAUGCUAACAAUGAAUACUGCUCUGGGCUUAGUUUUGGGCAUUGGCCUGCUGUACAUUGCAAGGUCUUGUUUGCCCUCGAGCAGAACUUCUAAGCAGGAGGAGUUCGCGGCUGCGGCUGACAAUGACCAUCCGGUGCUCAAGAACCAUUCCAGUGCCCGGUCAUACAAAACCAAGCACGCCGAAUACCCGUCGAUAAGGACCUUUUAUCACCCUCAUGCCCAUGCCGAAAAGCUCCAAGCUAUCGCCGAUCUGCCUUUGCUGGUCUUCGUUCAUGGGUUAGGGGGCUCUUUACCUCAAUUUGCGCCACUUCUCGGGAGCUUGGUCAAUAUUGCGCCUUGUUUCGGCAUCGAUCUACCUGGUCAUGGCAUGUCCGCCUUCUCCCCGAAGGAUUACGAUGCCUAUACCAUUGCGGCAUUCAGUGAUCUCUGGCAGACGGCCAUUCAAGGUAUUUACGAACAGCACGGGCAUAAAAAGGUGGUGUUCAUUUGUCACAGCAUGGGUUGCUCUAUCGCCGCAAUGUUGGCGACAUCGCCUGCGUUCCCGUUGCGCAUAGAAGGCUUUGUUGGCAUUUGUCCAAAGGCUACUCCGCCUUCACCAUCUGAAACGGCGUCGGCGAGGCGACUCUUGGCGCUCCCUGAUAUAGCGCUCGAUAUAUUGAGAGCCCUGGAUCGAAGAGGUGGGGUCAAAUCCAGAAGUGUGGAGAGGAUGGCUGGCAAGGCUGCCGGGAUAGACCUUCGCCGCCUCCAGUUGGCGUUCAACAAGGGCUUCAAAACAGCCGUCUGGAAACGCUCUGCAUUGGGCUGCCUGCCACAGUACGAACCUUCAGGGAGAGCAGUAGGCGGUCUGCCUGGGAAAGACACCUGGGCAAAGAUCCAUGUACCUUUGUUCCUCAUUGCUGGAGAGGCCGAUACCGUCACGAAGCCAGCAGAGGUUACAAAAAUUGUUUCUUUCCUGAAGAAGCUCGUGGUUGGGGAGGAGAUCAAUGGAAGCCCCAGGAGCCAACCACUUCCCACCGACGCCGCCGGGCCAGAGCACGCGACGGCGGACGUCUCAACUGUCGACCAGAAGGAGCCGGCGGCGGAUGAACGCAAGUUCGGCACCCUCCCGUCAACAAGCGAGAUGUCCAGCCACAACUCGAAGAUUGUCAAAACAGCAAUCCUGCCUUCCCCCGCAGCUCACGCUUUGAUGUACGACCACUCCACCUACCGCACGGUUGCCGGCCUGAUCGAAGACUUCCUGGCACGCUACGUGUCCCCCGAACUCUCCCUGGGGUGGCAGCUCCAGCAACUCACCACGUCGGGCAAAUGGGACGUGAAGAACCUGGAGAAGUGGAAAAAGGUCCUGCCCGUCUCCGGCGCCAUCGGCCACCCGCCCGAAUCGGGCAUAUUCCGGGCCAUGAAGACGCUGCGCGAGCAGGACGAGAUCCACACGCCCGCGGUGUUCGUCAGGAACUGGAGCGACAAGAUCUUCGCCGUCAUCGACAUCUCCCACGACUCCCCCGUCUACGACACCCAGGCCCUCGAGCGCGGCGGCAUCCAGUACCACAAGUUCCCCACCGUGAGCAAAGUACCCCCGACGGUCGUCGAAGUCGCCGACUUCAUCGCCCUGGUCGACCGCCUGCGUCUCGAGGCGCCCCACACUGUCCAGGGGAAAACCAUCGGCGUACACUGCCACUACGGCUACAACCGGACGGGCUUCUUCAUCUGCUGCUAUUUGAUCGAGAAAAUGGGCUACAGGCCACAAGACGCGAUAGAGGAGUUCGCGGCGCAGAAACCCCCGGGCAUCAAACAUGAGCACUUUAUCGAUACGUUGUUUAUGCGGUAUCACGUGGGCCUGAAGAAGGCGCCCACCUUCGUCGACUCCAGACAGGGUUCGAUAUCAGGGGUGGAAUCCGUGCAAUCCAUAGAUUCAUAGAACAGAGGCGUCUUGGGAAAUGGCGGCUCUUUUCUUUUAGUCCCUUGGAGUUGGUAUUUGCACUUCCUUUUGGGGGGUUCCAUAUCUUUGUAUGCUUGUUCUACACACCAGUACCUCGAAUUCAGUGUUUGCUUGGAUCAAUGACUAUUAUCAUUGUGAGGAAGCAUUGGAUAUGGGUGUCUCAUAGCCCGUAGCUGGCACUCCACCUUUCUUCAUUCAAGUGAGCUGUACAUGGAAGC